AUGGGCGACGCCGGCGAAUCGCCCUCCUCCCACAACCCUCCCCCAUCCCCCCAAUACUUCCAACCAGCCGAACACCUCCCGCACUCACACACGCUAACCGCCUUCCCCAACCUCCCCGGCUGCUACCAGGACGCCGCCUCCACGUCCGCCGCCCGCCGCGAAGUCGCCGCCAUCGCCACCGCCAUCUCCCACUUCGAGCCCGUCUGGCUGUACGCGCACCCUGCGCACGCCCGUAUCGCGCGCGCGCUCGUCAACGACAACGACAACCAGGACGUGGACGUCGUCGUCAAGGAGGCCGAGGUCGACAACCUCUGGAUCCGCGAUCUGGGGCCCGUCUUCCUGCAUAGCCCCCGCACGGGCAAGACGGCGGCGGUGGAUUUCAAUUUCAACUACUGGGGCCACAAGGCCGAGGAGACGGUGGACGGGGCGUUUGCGCGCCGGGUCCUGGCCUCGAGGGAGUUUGGGCAUGUGGAGACGGUACAAGCCGGUAUCGUGUCGGAGGGGGGAGCCCUGGAGGUGGAUGGCGAGGGCACGCUGAUGGUGACGGACACGUCGAUCGUGAAUGAGAACCGCAACCCGGGGAUGGGUAAGCGGGAGAUUGAGGCGGAGUUGAAGCGCGUGUUGGGCGUGCGGAAGGUUAUCUGGCUCAAGGGGGUGGAGGGGCUGGAGAGCACGGACUGGCAUGUUGAUGCGUGGUGUCGCUUUGUGAGGCCGGGAAAGGUGCUGCUGUCGAAGCCGCCGUUGAAUGCGCACAAGGAGAUCCGGGCGAUCUUUGAGGAUGCGUUGCGGGUUUUGGCGCAGGAGACGGAUGCGAAGGGUCGGCGGUUGGAGGUCGUUGUGGUGGAUGAGCCGGAUCAGGAGAAGUUGGCGGGUGGGACGGUGGAGGGGAUGGUGACGAGCUAUGUGAAUUACUUGCUGGUCAAUGGCGGUGUGGUCAUGGCGAAGUUUGGGGACGAGGAGCCGGACGAGAAGGCGUUGGCGUUGAUCAAGGAGUUGUUUCCGGAGAGGAAGGUCGUGCAAGUGUACAUCAAUGAGUUGCCUAGGCUGGGCGGUGGGAUUCACUGUGCGACGCAACAUGUUCCUGUCUAG